GCUGCUCCCGCUGGUUCCGGCUCCUCCUGCUCUGGCUGCCUUGGCUGCACCAUGGUGCUGGAGUCGGUGGUCGCGGACCUGCUGAACCGCUUCCUGGGGGACUAUGUGGAGAACCUGGACAAGUCCCAGCUGAAACUGGGGAUUUGGGGCGGUAAUGUGGCUUUAGAUAAUCUACAGAUAAAAGAAAAUGCUUUGAGUGAAUUGGAUGUUCCAUUUAAAGUCAAGGCUGGCCAAAUUGAUAAAUUAACUUUGAAGAUCCCUUGGAAGAACCUAUUUGGAGAAGCAGUUGUUGCAACCCUAGAGGGAUUAUAUCUGCUUGUUGUCCCUGGAGCAAGCAUUAAAUAUGAUGCUGAAAAAGAAGAAAAGGCUUUGCAGGAUUGUAAACAGAAAGAGCUAUGUCGAAUUGAAGAAGCCCUUCAAAAAGCAGCAGAGAAAGGCGCACAUUCAGGGGAGUUCAUUUAUGGCUUGGAAAACUUUGUUUACAAGGACGUCAAGCCUGGACGUAAACGUAAAAAGCACAAAAAACAUUUUAAGAAACCUUUUAAAGGUCUUGAUCGCUCAAAAGAUAAGCCAAAAGAAGCCAAAAAGGAUACAUUUUUUGAAAAAUUGGCCACCCAAGUAAUAAAAAAUGUACAAGUGAAAAUCACAGAUAUUCAUAUUAAAUAUGAAGAUGAUGUCACUGAUCCGAAGCAACCUCUUUCCUUUGGCGUUACACUGAGAGAACUUAGUCUGUUGACAGCAAAUGAACAUUGGACUCCAUGCAUAUUAAAUGAAGCAGACAAAAUUAUAUACAAGCUUAUACGACUUGAUAGUCUUAGCACCUACUGGAAUGUAAACUGCAACAUGUCCUACCAAGGAUCAAGGGAACAGAUCUUGGAUCAACUAAAAAGUGAAAUUCUCACAAGUAACAAUAAACGCCCAAACCAUCAAUACAUUUUCCAGCCAUUAUCAGCCUCUGCAAAACUAUAUAUGAAUCCGAAUGCAGAAACAGAGCUCAAAACACCCAAGCUUGAUUGGAACAUAGAAGUACAAAAUAUUGCCAUUGAACUGACUAAGCCUCAGUAUCUAAGUAUGAUUGACUUUUUGGAGUCAGUGGAUUAUAUGGUUAGAAAUGCCCCUUACAGGAAAUAUAAGCCUUAUUUACCACUUCAUACCAAUUGUCGACAAUGGUGGAAAUAUGCUAUUGAUUCUGUUCUUGAAGUCCAUAUAAGAAGGUAUACACACAUGUGGUCAUGGAGUAACAUAAAAAAGCACAGGCAGUUGCUCAAGAAUUAUAAAGUUGCCUACAAAAACAAACUAAUUCAGGCUAAAGUCUCAGAAGAAGUACAGAAACAAAUUCAGGAUUUGGAGAAGACUCUCGAUGUUUUUAACAUAAUUUUAGCAAGACAACAAACUCAAGUUGAGGUAAUUCGGUCUGGGCAAAAAUUAAAGAAAAAAUCUGCUGAAUCAGGCGAGAAACGUGGAGGCUGGUUUAGUGGGUUUUGGGGUAAAAAGGAAUGUAAGAAAAAAGAUGAAGAAUCUUCGAUUCCUGAAACUAUUGAUGACCUUAUGACUCCAGAGGAAAAAGCCAAGCUCUUCACUGCUAUUGGUUAUAGUGAGACUACCCACAACCUCACCUUACCUAAGCAGUAUGUUGCUCAUAUAAUGACACUAAAGUUAGUAAGCACCUCCGUUACAAUCAGAGAAAAAGAAAAUAUUCCAGAAAUACUAAAAAUUCAGAUAAUUGGCCUAGGAACUCAGAUAUCUCAGCGACCAGGAGCACAAGCUAUUAAGGUAGAAGCAAAAUUAGAACACUGGUAUAUAACAGGUCUGAAACAGCAAAAUACUGUACCAUCACUUGUGGCUUCAAUUGGUGAUACUGCCUCAUCCUUGCUUAAAAUUGAAUUUGAAACCAAUCCAGAGAAUAACCCUGCUGACCAGAUGCUGGUUGUUCAGUCUCAGCCUGUGGAGGUCAUCUAUGAUGCUAAAACCAUUAAUGCAGUGGUUGAGUUCUUUCAAUCAAACAAAGGAUUAGAUCUUGAGCAAAUUACAUCAGCUACAUUGAUGAAGCUGGAAGAAAUUAAAGAGAGAACAGCUACAGGACUUUCACAUAUAAUUGAAACUCGAAAAGUUCUUGACUUAAGGAUAAAUCUGAAGCCUUCUUACCUAAUAGUUCCACAGACUGGCUUCUACCAUGAAAAUUCAGAUCUUCUCAUUUUAGAUUUUGGUACAUUUCAGCUCAACAGUAAAGACCAAGGUUUGCAGCAAACUGCCAAUUCAUCUCUAGAAGAAAUCAUGGAUAAGGCAUAUGACAAGUUUGAUGUGGAAAUUAAAAAUGUACAGCUACUCUUUGCGAGAGCAGAGGAAAACUGGAAAAAGUGUCGAUUUCAACAUCCAUCCACUAUGCAUAUAUUACAACCUAUGGACAUUCAUGUUGAAUUGGCCAAGGCAAUGGUGGAAAAAGACAUUAGAAUGGCUAGAUUUAAAGUUUCAGGAGGACUUCCUUUGAUGCAUGUGAGAAUUUCUGACCAGAAGAUGAAAGAUGUGCUGUGUUUGAUUAACAGUAUAUCCUUGCCACAGAAAUCACCUGCAGAGUCUCCAGAGAAACAGAUAUCCUCAAUCCCUGUGAUUUCAGAUAGCACAAAAGGUCUGCUUGAAACCUCCCUGUUACUAGAUGGAAUAGAAUCAGAGUCUGAGGAUGAAUAUUUUGAUGCUGAAGAUGGAGACUCACAGCCUAGUAAAAGUAUAAAAGGGUCAGAACUGAAAAAAGCUGUGGAGCCCCCAAAUGAAGAGCUCAUUAAUCUUCUGCUCAAGUUUGAAAUUAAAGAGGUGAUUUUGGAAUUUACCAAACAACAGAAGGAAGAAGAUACAAUUCUAGUAUUUAAUGUCACUCAGUUAGGAACGGAAGCGACAAUGAGAACAUUUGACUUAAUUGCAGUGUCUUACUUAAAGAAAAUCAGCUUGGCCUACCAUGAGAUUCAAGGAUCCAGAAAGAAGCCCCUUCAUUUGAUUAGCUCUUCCGACAAAUCUGGAUUGGACCUUCUAAAAGUGGAAUAUAUUAAGGCUGAUAAGAAUGGGCCUAGUUUUCAGACCACUUUUGAAAAUGCUGAACAAACAAUUAAGGUAGCCUUUUCAUCUUUAAAUCUGUUGCUGCAAACACAAGCUCUUCUCUCUUCUAUUAAUUACUUGACAAAUAUUCUUCCAUCAGAUGGUCAAAAUAUGGACGAUGUUACAGAGACACAAAUUUCAACUGAAAAGCACCAAAAAAAUUCUACACUACAGAAAGUGAUUGUAUCCACUAAAGAUCGUGAUAUUAUUGGCUUCAGACUCUUUGCCAAGUUGAAUGCUUUCUAUGUCAUUGUUUGUGAUGAAAAAAACAAUAUUGCCGAAAUCAGGAUUCAAGGCCUAGAUUCUUCUCUUUCUCUUCAGUCAAGAAAACAGUCACUAUUUGCCAGACUGGAAAAUAUUAUUGUUACAGAUGUUGAUCCUAAGACAGUUCAUAAAAAAGCUGUCUCGAUAAUGGGAAAUGAAGUUUUUCGUUUUAACUUGGACCUGUAUCCAGAUGCAACUGAGGGAGAUUCCUAUAGGGACAUGUCUAAAGUCGAUGGUGUGGUAUCAUUGAAUGUUGGCUGUAUUCAGAUUGUGUAUCUUCAUAAAUUCCUGAUGUCACUUCUGAACUUCCUGAAUAAAUUUCAAACAGCCAAGGAAGCUCUGAGCGCUGCCACAGCCCAAGCUGCAGAAAAGGCUGUCACAAGUGUGAAAGAUCUUGCUCAGAGGAGUUUCCGUGUUUCCAUCAAUGUUGAUUUGAAAGCACCAGUUAUAAUCAUCCCGCAGUCUUCUGUUUCCACCAAUGCAGUAGUGGUAGAUCUGGGGUUAAUUAGAGUUCACAAUCAGUUUAUUCUGGUAGGAGAUGAAGACUGCUUAAAUCCACCAGUAGUUGACAGAAUGGAUGUGCAGCUAACAAAGCUGAAACUUUCCAGGACAGUGAUUCAACCAGGCAUCUCUCAUCCUGAUAUUCAACUAUUGUACCCAAUAAACUUGGACUUUUAUAUAAAUCGGAAUCUAGCUGCCUUGUGGUACCACAAAAUGCCUGUUGUAGAAAUCAAAGGACAUAUUGAUUCCAUGAAUGUUAGUCUAAAUCAAGAAGAUCUUAAUCUGUUAUUUAAAAUAUUAGCAGAAAAUCUCGGUGGACCUAUUGAAGACGUGAAUAAAAUGAAACCAAGAAUACAGGAGGCAGGUGAAAUGAAAGAUCUUGAAAUUUCUACAUCGCAGCAAAGUAUACAUGCUACACAAGAUGCUCUAACAGUUGACAUGGAGGAAAUUAGACCUGUAGACAUCAUUACUCUGCUAUUGAAUUUUGAAAUCAAAGAGGUCAUGGUUACAUUGAUGAAAGAAGCAGAAAAGAAAGGAAAGCCUUUACAUGAACUAAAUGUGUUACAGCUUGGAAUGGAAGCUAAAGUUAAAAGCUAUGACAUGACUGCUAAAGCUUAUCUGAAAAAAAUUACUAUGCGAUGCUUUGAUUUUACUGAUUCUAAAGGAGAGCCUCUACAUAUUAUUAACUCUUCUAAUAUAACUGAUGAACCUCUUCUAAAAAUGUCACUGACAAAGGCAGAUAGUGAUGGACCAGAAUUUAAAACUGUUCAUGACAAUACCAAACAGAGACUCAAGGUUUCAUUUUCAUCCUUAGACUUAGUACUUCAUUUGGAAGCUUUACUCUCCUUCAUGGAUUUUUUAUCAUCUGCUGUUCCAUCUUCUGAAACUUCUUCUGAGAAGGAAUCUGAGCUAAAACCACUUGUGGGAGACUCCAGAAGUCUAGCUCUGAAAACUGUAUCCAGCAGUAUUUCUCAAAGUGAUGUGUUUGAUUUAAAGAUCAUAGCUGAACUAAAUGCAUUUAAUAUUUUUGUCUGUGAUCAGAAGUGUAACAUUGCAGACAUUAGAAUACAGGGAAUGGAUGCCUCUGUUUCUACGACGUCAAAGCAGACUGACAUAUUUGCCAGACUUCAGGAUAUCAUAGUUACUGAUGCAGAUAUGCUGUCUAUUCAUAAAAAGGCUGUCUCUAUAUUGGGAGAUGAAGUCUUCAGAUUUCAAAUGACUCUCUAUCCAAACAUGACAGAAGGGGAUGCCUAUGUUGAUAUGUCUAAAGUAGAUGGCAAACUGAGUCUCAAAGUCGGCUGUAUUCAAAUUGUUUAUGUUCAUAAAUUCUUCAUGUCACUUUUGAACUUCCUGAACAAUUUCCAAGCUGCCAAAGAAGCUUUGAGCACAGCCACUGUCCAGGCUGCAGAAAAAGCUGCUUCUAGUAUGAAAGAUUUUGCUCAAAAGAGUUUUCGUCUUUUGAUGGAUAUCAAUUUGAAAGCCCCGGUUAUCAUCAUUCCACAGUCUUCAGUGUCUCCUAAUGCUGUUAUAGCAGAUUUGGGUUUAAUCAAGAUUGAGAACAAAUUUAGCUUAAUUCCUAUGGAAAAGUCUUCUCUUCCCCCAGUCAUUGAUAAAAUGAACAUACAGCUCACUCAGUUGAAGCUAUCCAGAACUAUUUUGCAGGCUGACUUGGUACAAUCUGACAUUGAAAUUUUAAAGCCGGUCAACAUGCUUUUAUCCAUACAGCGAAAUUUAGCAGCAACAUGGUAUGUCCAAAUUCCAGGAAUGGAGAUUAAUGGAAAAUUAAAACCUAUGCAGAUUGCUCUCAGUCAGGAUGACUUAAGUGUUUUAAUGAAAAUUUUGGUGGAAAAUCUUGGAGAAGCUUCUUCACAGCCAAGCCCUACACAGUGUACCCAAGAAGCUCUAAGAGUGAGAAAAGAGGACAUUCCAAGUUCAUCUGACCUCCUCAAAGAACAAGAAGAUAUGACAAAGUUGAAGAUUUCUGUGGACCAGAGCACCACUCUCCAAUUUGACUUUCACUUUGAUUCCCUUUCCAUUAUCCUUUAUAAUAAUGAUAUCAACCAGGAAUCUAUACUUUCAUUUCAUAAUGAUAGCUUACGGAUUGGUGAACUCCGACUACAUCAUAUGUCCUCAUCAGGAAAGAUGUUUACAGAUGGUUCAAUGAAUGUCAGCAUUAAACUAAAGACCUGCACUCUUGAUGACCUCAGGGAAGGCAUUGAGAGAGCAACAUCCAGGAUGAUUGAUAAGAAGAAUGAUCAAGAUAACAAUUCUAUGAUUAAUAUAAGCUAUAAACAAGACAAAAAUGGAAGUCAAAUCGAUGCUGUUCUUGACAAACUUUAUGUAUGUGCCAGUGUGGAAUUUCUGAUGACGGUCGCAGAUUUCUUCAUCAAAGCUGUGCCUCAGAGUCCAGAAAGUAUCGCAAAAGAAACACAAAUUUCACUAAGACAGACUGGCACAGCAAGAGUCAAGUCAGAGAAAGAUGACUCUGUAAAACCAAACAUGACUUUAAAGGCCAUGAUUAUAGAUCCUGAAGUGGUGUUUGUUGCCAACCUGACAAAAGCAGACGCUCCUGCUCUGGCAGCCUCGUUCCAGUGUAACUUCUCUUUGUCAACAUCCAAACUUGAACAGAUGAUGGAGGCUUCUGUGAGAGACCUUAAAGUGCUUGCUUGUCCUUUUCUUAGAGAAAAGAGAGGGAAGAACGUUACCACGGUCUUGCAGCCCUGCUCUUUAUUUAUGGAAAAAUGUGCCUGGGCCUCAGGGAAACAAAAUAUAAAUAUCACAGUUAAAGAAUGUAUAAUUAAGAUUUCACCUAUAAUUCUUAAUACCGUGAUGACAAUCAUGGCAGCUAUGUCUCCAAAGUCCAAAGAAGAUGAAUCCAAAGAUACAUCUAAGGAAUUGGAAAAUCUUUGGGGUGUCAAGUCUCUAAAUGAUUAUAACUCCUGGUUUCUGGGCGUUGAAACAGCAGCAGAAAUAACGGAAACUUUCAAAGACAUGAAUCAUCUGUUGAUAGAGGAAAACUGUGCUGUGCUUGUGGAGUCAGUUCAGGUUACCUUGGAAUGUGGCCUGGGCCAUCGAACUGUCCCUUUAUUGUUGGCAGAGUCCAAGUUUUCAGGAAUUAUUAAAAAUUGGACUUCCUUAAUGGCUGCUACUGCUGACAUGACACUAGAGGUUCACUACUAUAAUGAGACGCACGCUGCCUGGGAGCCACUGAUCGAGAGAGUAGAGGGGAACAAACAGUGGAAAUUAAAGCUUGAGGUGAAGAAGAACCCAGUCCAGGAAAAAAGUUUGAUGCCAGGAGAUGACUUUAUUUAUCUUCCUGAUCCACAAAUGGCAAUUCACAUUUCUUCAGAUGUUACAAUGAAUAUGACAAUAUCCAAAAGCUGCCUUAAUGUUUUUAACAAUUUAGCCAAAGGUUUUUCUGAGGGCACUGCUUCUACUUUUGACUACUUUUUAAAGGACAGGGCUCCUUUUACAGUGAAAAAUGCACUAGGCAUUCCCAUCAAGGUUCAACCGAAUCGUAAUCUUAGAGUCAUGGGCUCCCCUGAGAAAAGUGAUAUUUAUGAUGUUGCUGUUGGACAGACUUUGGAAUUGGAGUAUACCAGCAUGGAACCUUUACGGCAAGGGAAACUAUCUGUAUUGAGCCGUCAAGAAAGCUCCCUUUUCACGCUAACCUUUGUUCCUCAUGGAUACUCAGAAGUUGCAAAUAUCCCUGUUAUCAGACCUGGACGGCGCCUUUAUAAUGUACGGAAUCCCACUGCCAGUUUUUCUGACUCUGUCUUAGUUCAGAUUGAUGCAACAGAAGGCAAUAAAGUGAUUACCCUUCGCUCUCCUCUACAGAUUAAAAACCAUUUCUCUAUUGCCUUUAUCAUCUAUAAGUUUGUUAAGAAUGUUAAGCUAUUGGAGUGCAUUGGAGUAGCCAGACCUGAAGAGGAGUUCCAUGUUCCUUUAGAUUCUUAUAGAAGUCAAUUGUUUAUUCAGCCUGCUGGAAUCUUACAAGAUCAGUAUCAAACAUCUACCACCUAUAUUUCCUGGAAGGAAGAACUUCACAGGAGCAAAGAAGUCAGGUGCAUGCUGCAGUGUCCAUCAGCAGAAGCCAACUUCUUACCUCUCAUAGUGAAUACAGCUGCUCUGCCUGAUGAAUUAAACUAUAUCUGUACACAUGGAGAAGACUGGGAUCCAGCUUACAUUAUUCAUCUUUAUCCUCCCCUUACUUUGCGGAAUCUUCUCCCAUAUUCACUAAGAUAUUUACUGGAGGGAACAGCAGAAACCCAUGAGUUAGCAGAAGGCAGUGCGGCUGAUGUUCUCCAUUCAAGAAUCAGUGGUGAAUUAAUGGAGUUAGUCCUGAUGAAAUACCAGGGCAAAAAUUGGAACGGACAUAUCCGCAUAAAUGAUACACUUCCCGAAUUUUUUCUUGUGUGUUUUUCUGCUGACUCCUCAGAAGUGAUGACACUUGACUUGUCAGUCCAUGUCAGGCGCAUUGGUAGCCGGAUGGUACUGUCUGUCUUUAGCCCCUAUUGGCUAAUCAAUAAGACCUCCAGGGUCCUCCAGUAUCGUGCAGAAGAUAUUCAUGUGAAACAUCCAGCUGAUUUCAGGGAUAUCAUUUUAUUCUCUUUCAAGAAGAAGAACAUAUUUAGUAAAAAUAAGGUACAGUUAAAAAUUUCUACGAGUGCCUGGUCCAAUGGUUUCUCAUUGGAUACUGUAGGAAGUUAUGGAUGUGUGAAGUGCCCUGCCAACAACAUGGAAUACCUGGUUGGUGUUAGCAUCAAAAUGAGUAGCUUUAAUCUUUCUCGAAUAGUUACUCUGACUCCCUUUUGUACCAUUGCAAACAAGUCAUCAUUAGAACUGGAAGUUGGUGAAAUUGCACCCGAUGGCUCAAUACCAACUAACAAAUGGAAUUAUAUUGCCUCUUCAGAGUGCCUUCCAUUUUGGCCUGAAAAUUUGUCAGGAAAACUUUGUGUGAGAGUCGUGGGCUUUGAAGGAUCAUCUAAACCAUUCUUUUAUAACCGCCAGGACAAUGGCACUUUAUUGAGUUUAGAAGAUUUGAAUGGUGGUAUCUUGGUGGAUGUCAACACUGCUGAGCAUUCAACUGUGAUAACUUUUUCUGAUUAUCAUGAGGGGUCUGCACCUGCUCUCAUAAUAAACCAUACACCGUGGGACGUGCUCUCUUAUAAACAAAGUGGAUCACAGGAAGAAAUGGUGUUGCUGCCAAAACAAGUUAGACUUUUUGCUUGGGCAGAUCCUACUGGUACCAGAAAACUUACAUGGAGUUAUGCAGCAAGUGUUGGGGAACAUGAUCUGUUGAAGGAUGAAUGUGGACAGUUUCCAUAUGAUGCAAAUAUCCAGAUACAUUGGGUGUCAUUCCUUGAUGGACGCCAGAGAGUUUUGCUUUUCACCGAUGAUGUUGCCUUGGUUUCCAAAGCACGGCAAGCAGAAGAAAUGGAACAAGCUGAUCAUGAAGUCACGUUCUCUCUCCACAGUCUUGGGCUUUCACUGGUUAACAAUGAUAACAAGCAAGAAGUGUCAUAUAUUGGAAUAACUAGUUCUGGUAUUGUUUGGGAGAUGAAACCAAAACAGAAAUGGAAGCCUUUCAGUCAAAAGCAGAUACUCUUGUUAGAACAAGCCUAUCGGAAAUACCAGCAAUCAGGAGACCAUGGCUGGAUUAAACUAGACAAUAAUUUUGAGGUGAAUUUUGAUAAAGUUCCAAUGGAAAUGCGCCUCCCUAUUCAGUGCCCUAUUAAACGAGACUUUUUAUCAGGAAUUCAGAUUGAAUUGAAGCAGUCUCCUCACCAGAGAAGUUUAAGGGCCAGGCUAUUUUGGCUUCAGGUUGAUAAUCAGUUGCCAGGUACAAUGUUCCCAGUUAUAUUUCAUCCUGUGGCCCCUCCAAAAUCUAUUGCUUUGGAUUCAGAGCCCAAACCUUUCAUUGAUGUGAGUGUCAUCACAAGAUUUAAUGAAUUCAGUAAAGUCUUACAAUUCAAGUAUUUUAUGGUCCUCAUUCAGGAAAUGGCCUUGAAAGUUGAUCAAGGGUUUCUUGGAGCUCUUGUUGCCCUCUUUACCCCAGCAACUGACCCUGAAGCAGAAAGAAACCGGACGAAGUUAAUCCAACAAGAUAUUGAUGCUCUAAACACAGAGUUAAUGGAGACGUCAAUGACUGAUAUGUCGAUUCUUAGUUUCUUUGAACAUUUCCAUAUUUCUCCUGUUAAGUUGCAUCUGAGUCUGUCAUUGGGUUCUGGAGGUGAAGAAUCAGACAAAGAAAAACAAGAAAUGAUUGCAAUUCAUUCUGUUAACCUGCUGUUAAAAAGCAUAGGUGCUACUUUGACAGAUGUGGAUGACCUUAUAUUUAAACUUGGUUAUUAUGAAAUUCGGUAUCAGUUUUACAAGAGAGAUCAGCUCAUUCAGAGUGUUGUUAGACAUUAUAGUGAACAGUUCUUGAAACAGAUGUACGUUCUUGUGUUGGGUUUGGAUGUGCUUGGAAACCCAUUUGGAUUGAUUAGAGGUUUGUCUGAAGGAGUUGAAGCUUUCUUCUAUGAACCCUUCCAGGGUGCUGUUCAGGGUCCAGAAGAAUUUGCUGAGGGCUUAGUGAUUGGAGUAAGAAGCCUGUUUGGACACACAGUAGGUGGUGCAGCAGGAGUUGUCUCUCGCAUCACUGGGUCUGUUGGAAAAGGUUUGGCAGCAAUUACAAUGGACAAGGAAUAUCAACAGAAAAGAAGAGAAGAAAUGGGUCGGCAGCCUAAAGAUUUUGGAGACAGCUUGGCCAGAGGAGGAAAGGGCUUCCUGAGGGGAGUUGUUGGUGGAGUGACUGGAAUAAUCACAAAACCUGUAGAAGGUGCCAAAAAGGAGGGAGCAGCUGGUUUCUUUAAAGGAAUUGGGAAGGGACUUGUAGGUGCUGUGGCUCGUCCAACUGGUGGAAUUAUAGAUAUGGCCAGCAGCACUUUCCAAGGAAUUCAGAGGGCAGCAGAGUCAACUGAGGAAGUAUCCAGCCUCCGUCCUCCUCGCCUGAUUCAUGAAGAUGGCAUCAUUCGGCCAUAUGACAGACAGGAAUCUGAGGGCUAUGAUCUAUUUGAGAAUCAGAUCAAAAAGUUACAAGAAGAGACUUACCGAUACCACUGUGCUGUUCCUGGAGGGAAGAAGACCGUCUUUAUGGUUACAAAUAGGCGAGUGCUGUACAUCAAGGAAGUUGAAAUUCUGGGACAUAUGACUGUAGACUGGCAGUGCUUAUUUGAAGACUUUGUGUCUCCUCCUAGUGUCAGUGAAAAUCUCCUAAAAAUUACAGUUAAGGAUCAGAGUCUGUUCCACAAAAAAGACAGUGCCAAUCAAGGCCUCCUCCGGAAAAUCUACCUGCAGGAUAUCAAUACAGCAAAGAGAGCAUAUAGUGCCAUUGAAGAGGCACAAUCCACGAGACAUCAGCAAAAAUUGGUGAAGCAGUCAUCACUGAAACUUCUCAGGCCCCAAUUGCCAUCUUAA